CUAAAAGCGAAGCGCUUAGCUGCUUGUGUAUCUGUUUUUACAAAGCUUACUUUGUCGUCCGCCAUGGCUACUCCUCUCUCCCUCUCAUCUAAUCCUCCGAUCUCCUGCCACCGUCUCCGUCUCCAGUUCUCUUCCUCAUCUUUCAAGGGAAAUGUAAGCGUCUUGAGAGCAAACCCAUGUCGGAUUCUUCCUAUAAGACUCCAACAGAAGAGUAGAACAGGACAGCAAGCGGCCAGACCAUUUGUCGUGCUGAACCAAUCUGCGGCAAAUUCUGCGGCAGCUCCUACGAGGUUCCGGCUGGAUAAUCUUGGACCGCAACCAGGGUCGAGGAAGAAAGGGAAGAGAAAGGGUCGUGGUAUAUCAGCAGGACAGGGAGCGAGCUGUGGUUUCGGAAUGAGGGGUCAGAAGUCUCGGAAGGGACCUGGUGUGAUGAGAGGAUUCGAAGGAGGGCAAAUGCCGCUUUAUCGCCGGAUUCCUAAACUCAGAGGAAUCGCCGGAGGUAUGCAUGCAGGAUUACCAAAAUACAUACCAGUUAACCUGAAAGAUAUCGAGGCAUUGGGAUUUCAAGAAGGAGAUGAAGUGUCAUUGGAGACGUUGAAGCAAAAGGGGUUAAUCAAUCCUUCUGGACGGGAAAGGAAACUCCCUCUAAAGAUUCUAGCAGAUGGGGAGCUGAGUGUGAAGCUGAACAUUCGGGCAAGAGCCUUCUCGUCAUCGGCGAAAGAAAAGCUGGAAGCUUUGGGAUGUAAACUCACCGUGUUGCCAGGAAGAAAGAAAUGGGUGAAGCCUUCUGUGGCAAAGAAUCUGGCCCGAGCCGAAGAGUACUUUGCCAAGAAGAGAGCCCAGUCUUCUGAACCUGCAGCUUCUGCUUGAACAUGUGUCCUUUUUUUUCUUUUUUUUUUUUUCUUUCGAUGCUUUCGAUGCUGUCUGAAAAGAAAUAUGUAAUGUCGAGAAUGUAUGUUACUUCGAUUCAGAAAUGUAUUUUUCGUGUAUGAGAUUUUGCGUUUACAUGUCGACUUGACCUAUUUGUAGUUUGAUGCUUCACAAAACAGAUAAAGAGGAUCAUAUU